AUGCAUAUCUGGCAAACCAUGAUUUUCCCUGUCAAGCGUCUCUGCCUUGCUCUCUCCACUCGCAUCAAACACCGCAAAAACGGAGCAGGAUUGGUGAAGCUUAGAGAUGAUGUACAAACUUGUGAAUAUGAGGAUGUACAAGUCAUGUGGGAAAUGUUACAGAAAACAGAAACUCAAGUCUUACAUAACAACAAGCGUCCUUUCUGGAGAGUCUUUGUAUGGUCCAAUUCAUCACAAUCUUCAAAUCACACUUGA